AUGGCUCGCGUCUACGCCGAUGUGAACCAGCACAUGCCUCGCGCAUACUGGGAUUACGACAGCGUCAACAUCUCCUGGGGUGUUCUGGAAAACUAUGAAGUCGUCCGCAAGAUUGGUCGCGGAAAGUACUCGGAAGUCUUCGAGGGCAUUAACGUUGUCAACUACCAAAAAUGCGUCAUCAAGGUGCUCAAGCCUGUCAAGAAGAAGAAGAUCAAGCGUGAAAUCAAGAUCCUCCAGAACUUGAGCGGAGGCCCGAACAUUGUCGGUCUGCUCGAUGUUGUCCGCGACAGCCAGAGCAAGACUCCUUCUCUCAUCUUCGAGUAUGUCAACAACACCGAUUUCCGCAGCCUCUACCCCAAGUUCGCCGAUAUUGAUGUCAGAUACUACAUCUUCGAGCUGCUCAAGGCUCUCGACUUCUGCCACAGCAAGGGCAUCAUGCACCGCGACGUUAAGCCUCACAACGUUAUGAUCGACCAUGAGAAGAGAAAGCUGCGCCUGAUUGAUUGGGGCCUUGCUGAGUUCUACCACGCCGGUACCGAAUACAAUGUCCGUGUCGCAUCGCGCUACUUCAAAGGUCCCGAACUACUGGUCGACUACCAGGAGUACGACUACUCUCUCGACAUGUGGUCCCUGGGCGCCAUGUUCGCUUCUAUGAUCUUCCGCAAAGAGCCCUUCUUCCAUGGUAACAGCAACUCAGAUCAGCUCGUCAAGAUCGCCAAAGUCCUGGGAACUGAGGAUCUGUUCGACUACUUGGACAAGUACGACAUUGAGCUCGACGCUCAGUACGACGAUAUUCUAGGCAGAUUCCCCAAGAAGAACUGGCACAGCUUCGUCAACGCCGACAAUCAACGCUUUGUCAGUAAUGACGCGAUCGACUUCUUGGACAAGCUUCUCAGAUACGACCAUCAGGAACGAUUGACUGCCAAGGAGGCCAUGGCACAUGCUUACUUCAACCCUGUCAAGCAAGCUGCACAACAAAACUCGAGUGCUACACACUCUUGA